AUGGCGACGCCGCCAGAGAAAGCGACGACAGAGGCCCAGCACGCCGACAAGGGCAUCGACGUCGCCGACAAGGUCGAGCAUGGCAGCGAACACCAUUCGGAAGAUGUCAUAUCUGAGAAGACCAAGGAUCACCAUGAGUCACAUGGCUUCCACUUGGACACGGCGGACGCGUUGACGCCGGAUCGUGGCACCGAGGACAUGUUCAAGCCUAAGAAUGAAAAGUUCGCCUUUUCUCCUGGCCAGCUCUCCAAGCUUUUGAAUCCAAAGAGUCUCAACGCAUUCUAUGCACUGGGUGGUCUAGCGGGCUUGGAGAAAGGUCUUCGAACGAAUCGGAAGACGGGCCUGAGUGUCGACGAAGAUCGCCUGGAUGGCACAGUCUCCUUCGAAGAGGCUGCCACCAAAGGAGCCCCCAAGUAUGGUGCAGCUGGCAACAAUGUGCCCGAAAAGGACCCCACCUCAAAAGGAGACGACUUUAUCCCCCCUCCGCCAAACGAGUAUACCGGUGGUUUCUCGGACCGGAAAGUCGCUUUCAGAGACAACCAGCUGCCAGACAAGAAGCAAACAUCGUUCCUGCAGUUUGUUUGGAUCGCUUACAACGACAAAAUUCUGAUUUUGCUGACCGCUGCUGCUAUCAUAUCCCUCUCUCUUGGCUUCUACGAAUCAUACGGCCCGACCCACAAGGAGGGUGAGCCACGCGUUGACUGGGUCGAGGGCAUGGCCAUCGUCGUUGCCAUCGUCGCCGUCGUCUUGGUCGGGUCAAUCAAUGAUUGGAACAUGCAGCGCCAGUUCAAUACUCUGAACAAGAAGAAUGACGACAGAACCGUCAAGGCCAUCCGGUCUGGGAAAUCAGCGGAGAUACCUGUUCAUGAUAUCGUCGUCGGCGACGUCGUGCACCUCAGCACUGGCGAUGUCGUGCCAGUCGACGGCAUAUUCAUCGACGGUCACAGUCUUAAAUGCGAUGAAUCGUCUGCUACAGGAGAAUCUGACCUUCUCAGAAAAGUCGCAGCUGAUGAAGUCUUUGAAGCGCUGGACAAGAUGGCGCACGGAGGUGCUGCUCGGCCUGAUGUCGAAAAGUUGGACCCCUUUAUCAUUUCCGGCAGCAAAGUUCAAGAAGGUACUGGAGCCUUUUUGGUCACGGCUGUGGGUGUCAACUCAUCGUACGGCCGCAUCACGAUGUCUCUGCGAACCGAACAGGAAGAAACACCUCUUCAGAGGAAGCUCAACAUUCUCGCCGACUUCAUUGCAAAAGCCGGUGGCGCUGCCGGUCUUCUGUUGUUCGUGGCGUUGUUCAUCAGGUUUCUCGUCAAACUGCCGAAUAACCAAGGAACGGCCGCUGAGAAAGGUCAGGAGUUCAUGAAGAUCUUCAUCGUCUCCAUCACUGUUGUCGUGGUAGCAGUGCCGGAGGGCUUGCCGUUAGCCGUUACCCUGGCCCUUUCCUUCGCGACCAACCGCAUGAUGAAAGACAACAACUUAGUUCGAGUUUUAAAAGCCUGCGAGACCAUGGGAAACGCGACGACGAUCUGUUCCGACAAGACUGGGACACUGACCCAGAACAAGAUGACGGUAGUUGCGACGACUCUGGGCAAGAGCGUCAGCUUUGGCGGCACAGAUACUCCGCUCGAAGAAUCCAAGGAGGGCAAGGCUAAGAGCAGCAGCUCUAACGGAGCACCUGUGUCCUCAGUUCGGAACGUUCCUGUUGCUGAUUUCACCAAGGACCUCAGCACGGAGACCAAGGGCCUACUAAUUCAAGGCAACGCCGUCAACUCCACAGCCUUUGAAGGUGACGAGGAUGGAGAGAAAACCUUUAUUGGAUCCAAGACCGAAGUCGCCCUGCUCUCCUUUUGUCGAGAUCACCUGGGAGCAGGUCCAGUCCAGGAGGAGCGCGCAAACGCGAACAUCGUCCAGGUCGUGCCCUUCGACUCUGCGGUCAAGUACAUGGCUACAGUAGUCAAGCUUGCGGAUGGGAAGUACAGAGCGUAUGUCAAGGGUGCGUCCGAGAUUCUCUUGGACAAGUGCACCAAGGUGCUCGAAGACCCCAGCAGUUCUGACCUCAAAACUACGGAGAUCACGUCAGAGGACCGCGAGAUGUUUUCGCAAACCAUCACAUCGUACGCCGGACAAACGCUUCGAACUAUUGGUUCUUCGUUCAAGGAUUUCGAAUCAUGGCCUCCGAAAGAUGCCGUCUCUUCUGAGGAUCCCCGAGCAGCAGACUUCAACAAGAUCCAUGCAGACAUGACUCUGAUCGCUAUCUAUGGUAUCAAGGACCCUCUGCGUACUACUGUAAUUGACGCAAUCAAAGACUGCGACCACGCAGGUGUGGUGGUUCGCAUGGUGACUGGCGACAACAUCUUGACCGCAAAGGCCAUUGCCAAGGAGUGUGGGAUCUACCAUGCUGAGAAGGGUGGCAUUGCCAUGGAGGGACCGGACUUCCGCAGGAAGUCAGAGGAAGAAUUGAAGGACAUCGUCCCGAAGCUCCAGGUUCUUGCUCGCUCCAGCCCUGAUGACAAGCGAAUCCUGGUACACACUCUCAAAGAACUCGGGGAAACGGUUGCUGUUACUGGAGACGGUACCAACGAUGCUCCAGCACUCAAAAUGGCAGACAUUGGUUUCUCUAUGGGUAUUGCCGGAACGGAGGUUGCGAAAGAGGCCUCGGAGAUCAUUCUCAUGGACGACAACUUUGCGUCAAUCGUGAAAGGUUUGAUGUGGGGCAGAGCCAUCAACGAUUCCGUGAAGAAGUUCCUGCAGUUUCAACUCACUGUCAACAUCACCGCUGUCGUCCUGACCUUCGUUACUGCGGUUGCCAGCGAAGACCAAGCUUCUGUAUUGAAUGCCAUUCAAUUGCUCUGGGUCAACCUCAUUAUGGACACUUUUGCCGCUCUUGCGCUUGCCACGGACCCCCCAACGCGUAGCGUGCUCGAUCGCAAGCCAGAACGCAAAUCUGCUCCCCUCAUCACAUUGAGAAUGAUCAAGAUGAUACUCGGCCAAGCUGUGGUCCAGCUGGUCGUGACGCUGGUCUUGUAUUACGCGGGAUCUGGUCUAGUCGAUGUCUUGGAAGGGCAAGACAGAGCAGUGAAAUUGAACACGCUCGUAUUCAAUACCUUUGUGUGGCUGCAGAUUUUCAACGAACUCAACAACCGCCGCUUGGACAACAAGCUGAAUAUCUUUGAAAACAUUACCAAGAACCCGUUCUUCAUCGCCAUCAACCUGAUCAUGAUCGGCGGGCAGCUGCUGAUCAUUUUCGUCGGAAGCGAUGCUUUCAAGGUCGAACGAUUGACUGGUAAGGAAUGGGGCAUUUCUAUCGGUCUCGGUGCGAUUUCGUUGCCCAUGGGUGUCUUGAUCCGUCUGCUCCCUGACAACUGGGUUGGCGCAUGUAUGCCCUGGUUCAUCCGUAAGAAGUGGGCGCCAGAAACCAUUUCAGAGAAGCGACUGGAAGAGCAUCGCGACUUUGUCGAGGGCAAGGAAAUGCCUCUGAGAACGCUUACCGGUCUUCGCGGUAGGAGAGCGGAAACACAUAUCCCAUUCCGAAAGAAGAUGCACAACGCCAAGGAGCACGCCAAGGAGAAAGUCACUCACCUUGCACAUAAAUAA